CGUCAUAUUAGCAUCUGUAAACCAUUCUGAGAAUCUUUGUGGCUGAAGAGCGAGGUAUAAAUACUCUAAAUAAAAUAAUUUUUAAAAUGUGCUGAAUAUGCAAACACAGGUAUUCCAAACCUUUUUGCUCUAAACAUAAGGGAGACUUAUGUACUAUGCUCAAACAGGGAGGAGGGAUUUCUGGGUUGACGGAAGGCUUAACUCUGUCUGGUUUUGGUUUUUCAAAUGUUGGAAGAUGUGGAUCAACUCUAAUCCUUUUCCAUCCUCUUUGGAUUUCAUCCACCUCUUUCAUCCAUCAAAAGACUCAGUUGCAGUUGUGAACUACAAUCCCCAAGAUGCACUGGGCCUUGUGGCACUGCAAAAGUGACCUCUGAGAAGAGAAGUAGGUAGUGCACAGCACUUCCCUGGCUGCAGCUGGCAAGGACAGAAUCAGCUGGCUGGGCUAGUAAGCAUAGCCAUGACUGCAGUGACGGUCUCUUAAGGAGCCAGCAGCAUGCAGGACACUCCUUCCUCUUCCCCUGGAGACUUACACUCUUCCCUCCUCUCUGCUUAGGCAUCACCAGCAACAGCAGAAACAGGCACAGAUCAGUCCUGACACUGCGCUGCUCUCCGCCCUUUGGCAGCCUGUUCCUGUCAAAACUGUAAGUUCCUCUGGUUUUUCAGUGAUGGCUGCUGAUGUUUACAAACAGAAAAGUGGAGACGUGCCCAAUGGGUCACUGGUCCCUCCUGACAGACAAUAUGCUGAGAGAUCAGAAAGUCCUACUCCAGGGCUGGCUCAGGGAACCGAACCAGGGGCCGGCCAGGAGGGAGCCAUGUUUGUUCAUGCCAAAUCCUAUGAGGACCUGACUGGCACAGAUAAUCAGGAUGCAAUUCCCCAGAGCUCAGCUGAGAGGGAAGAGGCCCAAGAUGACCAGACAAAAAUGGAGGAGAUCAGCAAGGACUUCAGCGAGUUAAGUACUCAGCUUACUGGUAUAGCACUGGAUCUGGAAGAAGAGAUAAGGCAGAGUGAAGAGGACAAACUCAACAUCUCACCACAGUCCUCACACCGAGAUUCAAUNCUCUCUGGGAAAGAGGAGGAAGAUAUAACCAUGGAGGCCUGGCGUAUGCACCAGAAACAUGUCUUUGUUCUAAGUGAGGCAGGCAAGCCAGUGUACUCCCGCUAUGGAUCUGAAGAGGCACUGUCCAGCACCAUGGGAGUGAUGAUGGCUCUAGUGUCCUUCCUAGAAGCAGGAAAAAAUGCCAUCCGGUCUAUUCAUGCAGAUGGAUAUAAGAUGGUGUUUGUGCGCAGAAGCCCGCUGGUGCUUGUCGCUGUGGCUCAUACUCGGCAGUCAGAGCAAGAAAUUGCUCAGGAGCUGCUUUAUAUUUACUACCAGAUUGUUAGUCUUCUGACAUGGACCCAGCUCAACCGCAUCUUCCAGCAGAAGCAGAACUAUGACCUGAGGAGACUGCUGGCAGGCUCCGAGCGUAUCACCAACAAUUUGCUAGACCUGAUGGCCAGGGACCCCAGUUUUCUGAUGGGUGCUGCCCGUUGCCUGCCUAUGGCUGCCGGGGUCAGGGAUGCAGUGAGUUCCUGCCUCCAGCAAGCCAAAGCCAAAAGUCUAGUAUUUGCCAUUCUACUGUCCAAGAACCAGCUGGUGUCUCUAGUGAGAAAAAAGGACCAAUUCCUACACCCAAUUGACCUCCACUUACUCUUUAACCUCAUCAGUUCCUCCUCCUCUUUUAGAGAAGGAGAGGCCUGGACACCUAUCUGCCUGCCCAAGUUCAAUUCCAGUGGUUUCUUCCAUGCCCACAUUUCCUACUUAGAACAAGACACUGACUUGUGCCUUCUCCUGAUAUCCACGGACCGUGAGGACUUUUUUACCGUGUCAGACUGUAAGCGCAAGUUCCAAGAGCGCCUGAAGAAGCGUGGUGUUUAUCACGCCCUCCUGGAAUCACUGCGCACACCUUUCUACAGUGCUUCCCAAGUAGGAAUCCCAGAGCUCCGUCACUUUAUCUACAAAUCAAAGAGUUCAGGACUCUUCACCAGCCCAGAAAUCGAUGCUCCCUACAUUACUGAGGAAGAAAAAGAGAGACUUCUGGAACUAUAUCAGUAUUUACACAGCCGGGCCCAUAAUUCCUCCCGUCCUCUGCAUCACAUCUAUUAUACUGGAUCAAAUGAAAAUCUCCUGGCUUGGGUGACUAGUGCGUUUGAGCUCUACGUAUGCUUCAGCCCCCUGGGAACCAAAGCAACAGCUCUCACUGCUGUUAACAAACUUAUGAGAUGGAUCCGCAAGGAAGAAGACCGGCUCUUUAUAUUAUCACCCCAGACAUACUGACCACUGUGACCUGUCCUGUCCACCCUGUGGUUACUGAGCUCUUCUCAGUGCUAGUGAAUUCUCAAAGGAAUAUCUUCACACCUCCGGUAGGACCAGAUGAAGGACUGGCAACAUGACACACUCAGGGGUCCUUGUGUGCCUCCUCAAUCCCAACUGGUUAUAAUGAAGAAGCACUCCUCCCCCCAGGGUCGAUAUGAAGGCAAUUUUUACCAGGUUUUGUUUGUUUGUUUGUUUGUUUGGCAGGGAAGAAUGGCUGAGGGGAGCAUCCCCCCCAAAAAAACUGGAAGUGAUCCCUAUAUGCCCUAGAGGGCACCAAGGGUCUUUUCAGUUCAAUUUUUGUUUAAAAAAAAAGGAGCAUUGAGAGAUGCAGAGCAAUGCUGUACUUCCAGAUCCAGUGAAUGACGUAUGCAGCCCCAGACCUUGCUCUCUCCCCCACUCUCUGAGAUAGAUUCCUCCCACAGCCAUGAAUAGGGAGGGGAAAGGCUUAUGUGACGACAGUAGAGCUUUCUGCUCACGUCUGUGAAGGAGAUUCAUAUUUGUUUUGCACUAGAUUUUAGAUAUUAUGAUUACUGCUUCUGUAAUGGAAACCUGGAUGUCGUAACAACCUACAGGUCUAUCUAAAGGCACUCUUCAUUGUAUAUGGCCCCUUCUACUAUUUUCAGACUUCAUGUCUGAGACCGUCUUUGGAAAGAUGCAGGCCUCACCUCCAUGGCUGACUUUUCUUCCUUUUCAGCCAAUCAACAGGUAAUAUUUUCUGACACAGUUCUCCUGAAUGCUCACUUUGGAUGGGUGCUGAGUUGAACUCAGCAACUUUUUUGAAUGAACUGAGUGCAGCAAACUAGGCUGGAAUAUGAAAUUUAGCAGUAUGUGUCUUUAACCACUCCCCCAAAGUUGCACUGUUCAUUUGGGGGCUAAAAACAAAGAUGAACUUCUACCAAUUGGCUUUAAAGUAUUUUCUUUUUCUUUUCCCACUUUGAUGGUAUCAAUCAUUCUGUACAAAAAUAUGCAGAACACAUUUCUAUUUGGUGGCAAGUCCUACAAAUGGGUUCUUCAAACCUCUACCCUCAAGACCUCCUUGGAGAGAAUUGAAAAUGACUAAGGCAAACCAAUCAUAAAAAAAGAAUGCAAAGAAUGUGGAAUCUGUCCUAUAAUGAUGGCAGAUAUAGACUGAAUUUGAUAUGAUCAGUUGGCAAUUUUAUGUUUACAUUUAAUCUUUCUUUGAUAAAUUCUUUGCUACAGCUAUCUCUUUGUAGCAGAGAGCUCAAUGGUUUAGCUUUCCUCAGGUGAAGCACAGGCAUUAGUACUACGGGUAUCAUGACUCUGCUUCCCAUUUCAGACAGAGUUUGCUCUUCCAGCAGCUCCAAGUAGAGACAAUUUUAGUUGCAUGUAUUUUUCUUUCUCCCACCACAUGCUUCUCAAAGUAUGCUUAUUCAUCCACUGUCAUUUCUCCUAUUUUGCUUUUACACUUAACUUUGUGUUAAGGUCUAACUAAGGGCAAGGUUUUUCUCCUUGGGUAAAGGUUUUUCAGGGAGCAUUUUUUUCUGCCAUUCCACUUGUACUACUUUUUUAAAAUUAAAAAUAAGGUGAUGAGUGACAGUGGGUCCAAGAACACUCCUCCCCUCUCUCUUUUCCCAUGUUUUGUAGACAGACACUUUAGUCAAGGCUUCAGCCAAGUGCCACCUUAAUUUCAAAUAUUGAUAAAUGGAAUAGCAGCAAGCUGAACAAAAAAGAUGUCACCUUCAGGGCCUGAGGCUAGGGAGGGCAUGAGAAGAGCAAGUUGGUGGUUCCUUUGGCCAUAGCUAUUAUUAUCUAUUAUGUUUAAUAAUUAAUUGUUUUUGUAGAAUGUAUGCCAUAGGCAGGUUUAUUUUAUUUUAUUCUAUUUUUAAAAUUUAAAAUUUAAAUUUACAAUGCUUUAUAAAUAAAGCUUAAUAUCAAUAAUACCAGGCAAUAUCUGUAUGUUUCAGGAAAUACUUUAAAAGGAUGCAUUGUUGCAGCCAUAGCCAAGCACUUUCUUCUUUAAAGAGGAGAAACAUUGCUGCCAUUUUCAUUGUCCCUGCUGCCUUUCUAUCACACCCUGUUGAAGGCAGCUAUGGGAGAGGCCUGGAUCACAGGGCCAUGAAUUUUCUCCCCCACUCCCCGAUACAAUUCAUUCAGGACCAUGAAUUUGCCUCACGAUACACUUUCAAAGCUAGUCUAGCAUAGUGGUUGGAAUGUUGGACCAGGGUUCAAAUCUCUGCUCAGCCAUGGAGACCUACUGGGUGAAGACUGCUCAGUACAUUUCUGCUUGACUGUCCUGUGGGCUGGCUGCACACACAACUGGUUGGUUAGUGUUGGACUAACAAUAGCAGCAGCUGCUAAUUGCACUUGCAAUGCAUAGGCCCAUGUAGAAAUGGGAGAAGAUCUCAUUGUUUUAUUUUGGACUAAAGCUCUCAGAACCCUAAAUUAAUAUGGCCACUGGCCAUGGCAGGUGCAAGAUUCUUGGAUUUAUAGUCCAAAAAAGUAACUUUUCCAAGCAUUGAGACUGACCAGUGAAAUCCAAGCAACAGUUUGAGAAAAACAACUAUAGAAACAUGAUAAGCAAGCUAUACACUCACUGGGGGAAAGUGGUCCUUGCCCAUCCUAGACCAGGGGUGAGGAAAAUGUCUAUGAGCUACACAGCCACAAGGCUGAUUUUAGAUUCCCUAGCGUUUCACUAGUUCCAGCAAUUUUUGAAUGAUGAUUACCACCACCACUGGCACUGUAGGGAAAUAUGUUUCCCUACAGUGCCAGGGGGUGUUGGGGGCAGUUUUGAUUUUUGCUUUUUUUUUAAUUGCUAGAGCAAUAUGUAAACUGGGACAAGCUUUUUUUUAAAAAACCAAUGAACUAAAUAGGAAGUUGACCCCUGAUUUAUUUCAUACCCUCCAACAUUUCACACGAGAACCAGGGCAUGUGUGGCCAAGCAACAUCAGGGGUGGUCAAGAUGGCAACAAUUAUUAAUGAGGAAGAACAGAUAGGCUAAAAGAGGCUGCAGCUGUUUGAUUUUGAUUGAACCUACUGGGUAAGGUCUCACUCUCUGCAUCCCCCUCGGCUGAGCUAAUUCAGUGAAAACUGUUGUGGUUUGAACUCAGCUUGCAGCAACUGAAGUAAGCUGAGGACAAACAAGGAAAGUGGGAGAGAGAAAGUGAGACAUUUUAAAAGCAGCUGGGAAACUGGGAAGACAGAAGAUUGAUUGACACUGUCCCUGUCACAUCAGGACAGCCGGGGUCUGUUUUGUCCCAUGGAGAGGGGGGGAAGCAUCAUCUGGACAUAAAAUAUACCAGGGGGAUCUCAAAACAUGGCAAAACUGGUACUGAGAGGAUGGGUCAGAAAAGUAAAAAUUACCCCCAUGGCAUCUAGAGAACUCAGCCCAGGAUAUAACACCAUGAGGUCCCAUGGGGGUCAAUGCAGCCCUCCAGCAGUCACCACCCUGUUGUCCAAUGUGUGGCAAAGAUUCAGAAAGAAACUCUUCUAGAACAUGGCCACAUAGCCCGAAAAAACCACAAAAAACGAUUCCUUUCUAGAUUUUCCAAAUGCUAGCCCCCAUUUUAGACCUAGGCAACCAGACUGCCUUCUUCUUUAAGGGAUUGGCAAUCAAAGGAACAUGUACCUAGUGCAAUGCAGGGCUGUUAUCAACAGUGUGCUUUCAUCUGGGUUGUCCCUUAUGAUUGGUUUAAAUGACUGCUUCCUUCUAGCUGUAGACCAGAUCAAAGUUCCCAGUUCAGAAAACUCUCAUGAGUUCAUGUUUGUGGUGUUAUAUGCCACACUGUCAUCCACAAAUUUAUUGGAUUACUCAUUAUUUCAACCACAACGGAAAUUCAAGGGAGAGGUAGGGAAACACUUUGCCCCAAACAACAAAGAGGUUACCAGAGUUAAUUUUAGAUUAUUCAAAUCCAGAUGAGUAUCAGAGGAAACUGAAAGUCAAAUUUGAGUCACUGAGGAAACAGAAUAUUUUAAGAUAUAGGAUGACAUAAUUGAUAAAAAAUAUAGGGGUGUUUUCACCUAUGCAUCUUAAAGCUACUUUUCCUUACAUCUGUCUGCCUGUACAGGCAGCAAUUUGAUUUUCUUACCGCUAUGUACUGCUAUUGUUAUUUGUGGCAGAAAAAGAAUGAAACAAUAAAAAAGAUGUUUGAUUAACUUAGGCAGCCUCAUUUCACAGAACCAGUGAAUUUAACAAUGUAAUGGCCAACAAAUGGAAGUAGGGAUAUAGUUGCUUCAAUAAAUCCAGCAAUUAAACAAUUGGAGUAUUGCUGGAGACAUACAGGAGUCCUACUUUUGGUAUGCCUAAUGUAACAACACAGUCCAUUAUACUUAAGGAUACAUGACAUUAUCUUAUAUUUAAAAAGGAAACUAGCUGUAUGAUCCAUGAGUAAAAUAACUAAAAAAACAGAAUCGAAUAAUACCAUUACUAGGUCACCAAAAUAAAAAAAAAUAUGUGGAGACAGUUAUGUGCCUCAUGAAAAUUAAAAAUCUAUGUCAUUUGAUGAGAACAGAUAAGGGCGCAACAUGGUGGCAGACAGUUUUGGAAAAAUUCUCCAAAUCCACCAGUUCUCUAAUUCCAGCAGAGAAAAGUAUCUAUCUAUCUAUCUAUCUAUCUAUCUAUCUAUCUAUCCGAGAGAGACAUUAUUUAUUCUAGGUUAGGUUUAACAGUGUGUGGCCAUCCAGAUGUUGUUUAAUUACAAUCUGCAUCAGUCCUGGUAGAUUGGUGAUAAAUUCUGUCAACAUCUGGUGGGCCAUAUUUUGUUCACCUCUGUCUCAGUUAGUGAACUUUACCACUCUGGAUUGCAAGUGGGAACUCAUGUAGCUGAAUGUUCAUGUGUACAAAAAGAAAAGGAAAAUAUCUGUAUGUAGAAGAGUAGCAUGUCAGGAAGAAAGCUAGACUAGAGCCUUUCUUCCUAAGAUCUAGUAUUUCAUGUGCAGUUAUGUCUUUGGUAUGCCAGGUACUCCAUUUUCACCUGCAUUACUACACAGUGACAAUUGAUCUAUUCAUUUGUCUUAACUUGUUAAUAAAAUUUAUCUUUUCCUGAUAGCUCA